AGACAGCAGAAGAACAGGAGGCUGGGAGGGAUUGUGGGGGGGCUAUGGGCUGGGCAGGGCGCGCUGGUAGUCAGGAUGUUGUGGGGGGAGGGCUUGGGUUGAUUUGUUUUGCUGGGUUCGCCACCCUUGUUUUCUGUGCCUCCGUUUCCCCAGCUGUGGCAUGGGCCCAGCGAUCUCUGGGGGAGGUGUUGACUGCUAGAGGGAUGAUGUGAGUGAUGGAUGGGGCGCUUCCCCCGGUGCCCCAUGGCAGAGGACUUCUGAGGGUCUUGCUUACCUUCCGUGCUGCCCGGGGAUGGUACAGCCCAGCUGCAAGCACGGUCUGCCUCCGUUCCCUCCAUGCCUGCAGCCAGUGCAGGAAAUGCCAGGCUGAAGUGGCCUUCCCAUCUGGCCUCUCCUCCGUGCAGCAUCACCGAGAAGCUCUGGGGGAGCCUCAAUACCCCUUGUCCACUUCUCCGCACAGACAAACCAGGAGCAUGGCCCCCAAGGCCAAGGGCAAGGGGAAGAAAGGAGGGAGGCAGCAGAAGAAGCAGCCUGCGGCAGCAGGCAAAGCUGAGGAGUCCUGGAAGACAGCUCUGGAGGUGGACACCCUCAGGAGGCACCUGGUGCUCCGGAGGGAUGUGGCCAGGCAGGCGAAGGCGGACAGCGAGGGGCUGCAGCUGCGGCUGCAGGAGCUGGAGCAGGAGCUGGAUGCAGCGCGGGAGGACAAGAGGGACAUUUAUGAAGAGAUGAUCCGGCAGUACCAGGAGCUGCAGCGGCAGACAGAGACUCGCAUCCAGUGCCUGGAGGCCGAGGUGACACAGCUCCAGGAGCAGCUCGCUGUGUGCCGCCAGGAGAGCCAGCAGGCCCGGGAGGAGAGUCAGCGGGCACUGGGCGAGAAAGACCGGAGCCUCACCGAGCUGCAGGCCAAGAUCGACACCAUGAAGACUGAGUAUGAGCAGAUCCUGCACGGCAGCCUGGAUGGUGUCCUGGCCAAGCUGGCCUCUGCAAAGCUGCACUGGGAGCAGGAAGCCACGGCCAUCCACAUGGAGAACAAGGAGAGGCUGCGAGACUUUGGCCUCAACCCCCUGGAGAUGUAGCGCCCGGCCUGGCACAGAGACAGGGGCAGGGGCAAUGCCCAACUCUGCCAGGCCCCGGGCAGCAGCACACAGCAAUGGUCCCCUAGGCCUUCUCCCAAGCUGGGGCAGUGCCCGGUGUGGCGGUCAGGCAGCCGGACCUCCCUCCAGAGCCCAGGGCAGAGCUAGCUCCCUGCAGCAGGGAGCCCGGGGCCUUUGCUGAGGCCUGCCUCACCCCGAGAUCAUUCCUGCAGGUUCAAGGCUGCUGCAGUGAUCAGCGGUUCAGGUGAUUUAAUUGGGCUUUGCUUGCAUGACAUGAUUGCAGGGGGUGGGGGAAUGCUGCACCAGGGCUCGCUGCAGGGAAGGGACAGGCUCUCCCCAUCUUCUGCAGAAACAGGCACCAUGUCGGGGGUCAGGUGCUCCCUGUCGGCCCGUCCCUGUAGACCCAAGCCAGCUCCUUCUGCCGACCAGACCAGAGCCCCUCCAGGUCAGGUCCCAUCCCCACGGGGCUGAUGCCAGGAGCCAAGGAGCUGGCCCCACGGUCCCAUUCCCCCCCACCCAAAUUGUUCUCCUCUCCUCCUGCCAGCUGGGUCCCCAGGGCCGGGCAGGGUUGUGAGUAAAGUCAGGACUGCAGUGGCUUCGCUGCUUCUGAGCCCGUCUCCUCUGUGUGUGAGCAGCAAGUGGGCAAAGCCAGGCUUGUCUUCCAGCUCCAAGCAGGGCAACCAUGCCUGUUAGCGAUCAAUGUGCCGCUGCUGGGUGGUUUCCAGGGGUGCCCUCCCAGGCAAAGCCACCGCUGUCCCCGGAGACACCGGGGAGCCCUGCUCCUGCGCCAGGAUGUCCUGUG